UAUCAACAACGUUCCUCGAGCUGGGAUGGCUCUUCGUGGGUGGACAUGCUGCGCCUUGCUCGUCCUUCAAUCGUCAUGCUGCCUGUCGUUUACGUUCCCCGUAGAACCCGUGGUCGCCACUCGGCCGUUUGCCCUCCAAGUGGGCUGCAACGGAGCCUUCCCGUAUGUGUUUCCAGUAGCCACAUCCCCCACGAUCGUCCUCUCCUUUCCCGUGGACGACACUUCGGCCGAGUUUGUCUCGUUCAACUUUACGUGGUUGCAUCUGCCUCCCAAUGAUUACCUCCGCGUCCGCACCGCCGCGCCCACCAACACAAGCUACACAUACCGAGGGCGCCACCCGAACGGCUUUCUCACCACGCCGCUGUACACUGGCCAUGUGUUGAUCGACCUCAUCUCGUUCGGGUCGACCAACUCCAACUGCAACUAUGGCUUUGCCAUCACCGAGUACAGAUACGCAGCCACUCCGCCAACGAAGGAGUCAUCGUGCGACGGCUCCAACUCGGCCGCGUCCCCUGCCUGUGACCAGCGGCCCACUAGUCCGUAUUGGCGCGGCGCUCGAGCGAUCGUGCGUCUGCUUGUCAACUCACCCGACGGGUCUAGAUGGUGCACUGGGUGGCUCGUGGGGUGCCAGAACCACGUCCUCACCAAUGCGCACUGCAUCGGGACUGCCGACGACGCUGCCGCCACCACGUUCGACCUGCGCGCGUUUGGCAAGUGCAACGAAAACUGCGCGGGCGGGGGCCGGUGUUCCAACGGCAACAUGGUCGUCGGGUCGACCUUAGUUGCGACAUCACAAGCGUUCGACUACUCGCUCGUGCAGCUCAAUACCCCCACGAACGUAUCAGCAGGCAACUACCUCCGCCUCCACGAGUCGUACGUCGUCGGGAGCCCCGUCUACAUCCCGCAGCAUCCCCUCGGAGGGGGGAUGGUCAUGGCCAUCAAAGCCACGGGCGGCCAGUUCGGCCUUGUCUACACGUCCACGUACGCCAACCCGGAGUGCGGCCUCGAGGGGAUGUUGGGGUACAAACUCAACACAUCACCGGGAUCGUCUGGGGCGCCGAUCAUUUCCACGGCCACGAAUGGCGUUGUGGGCAUGCACUCGUGCGGCGGAUGCGCCGUGGGGACGGAAGCCAGUCUCAACGGCGGCAUCCCCGCCCCCUGGAUCGUCCAAGACCUGCGGCGGCAGAACGCCCUGCCCAACUGCGCGGUAGCGGCGACCAGUCCAGUCGACCCCACGGUGAACUUUGCGACCGUCCGCGGCACGCUGUACGCCUCCGCUAGGGGCGUGUCGUUGGACGUGUACGAACUCCAAGUCGAUUCCGACGGCGUCAUUGCCGUGGACGUCCAGUCUGUGGAGGCCACCGAGAGGAGGACCUUCACAGAUAUAGACCGCAACUGUGACGCGUCGUACUUUGACUCGAGAGUGUUUGUCGUGGACGCGGGCACGGGGGCCGUGGUGGCCGAGAACGACAGAAGCGUCCGGGGGAACGGCCGCGCCGACAGCAGCGUCAGCGACUUGGACGCGUUCGUCAACAUGUACGUGGAUGCGGGCGCGUACUACAUCGUGGUGGGCACGACAGACAUGACGGACGUGGACGCACGAGCUGCCGCGGUGGCAUUUGCCCGAGGAACUCCAGCGCACGCCACCGGAACGCUCUUUGAAUGCGGCCUUCCCACCGCCGCGCACGGCCAUUACACCCUGACUUUACGAACCAACAUGGACGUCGAGAGCAUCACGUCGUUCAAAACACCCGACUCGGGUCUACCUAGCACUUGCAGCAAAGCCACACGGUUGGAGCCACUGCGUUUCCCAGCAAAGUGUCCGUACCAUGCCCGACCGCCGUUGGCCCUCCAGUACAUGGUUGACGGAACGAUUCAUCAACGGAAUGGAAGUGUCUCGAUCGACCAAGUGCCGUUUGAAGUGGUGGAGGCCGCCCAUAUUGGGAUUGAAAUCGUUUCGUAUCAAAUCCUAGACGAUGGAACACGCAUGCCCAACGGGUACGACGACGCAGGAAUCUGCGGCCGGACCUUCGUGGACGCCGUGGCGUAUGUGUUUGAAGAUACCACCCAAGGCGGUCUGCAGUUGCUCGACACGACCAGACUUGUGGCAAUGGUUGACGACAAACCUCCUGGUGUUCGCGCCACCACAAGUCGCAGCAGUAGAGACCCGUACUUGGACCUAUACUUGCCCAAAGGCAAGUACGUACUCGUUGUGGGACUGUAUCCUCUGCAUCUACACGAGACUGUGCGGAUGUCCACGUCCAUCAAGGAAGGGUUCUCUCCGCACAAGGACGACACGUCGAGCGACGCUGGAAAUUAUCACGUGAUGUUUCUCACAGAGUCGCACGCGGUGCUGUUGCCGCCGACAAGUACACCCACGUUUGUUGAAGAGCCAUGUAGUGAUUUGUAG